AUGCCGCCGCCAGGUUCUCCUCCCCAGCCGGGGAACCCACAGCCGCCGUCGCAUCAAAUGGGUCAUUAUGGGCUACCAACGCCGCGAGGUCCGCCUCUCAAUGUUGGUCCGCCGACUUCGUUUCCCGGUGGUCGCGAGCUGCCGUCGUUGGCAUCAAUACCGAGGACGGGAAGCACCGGCAGCUCCAUGUCAAUAUCUUCAAUGCUUGGAGGGCCACCCCCGGUGCCCAGGGACUCUCAGCCUACCCCUUCGCACUACCCUCCUCCGGCGACCUCUGCUAGCUCUGGGCCGACGUUUGCACCGUCGAUCCAGGCGUCACCUAGAAUGCACUCUGCGUCCUCCGAGUACCAGCCCUUCAGGAGACCUCAAACACCUGAGCAUGCUCGUCCUUACGAUCCGAGAGGUAGUGCCGCAGCAUCGCCGCAGGGUGCGUACUCUACAACACCGGAGAUGCAGCGAUACGGCACACCACAGGCGUACCAUCAGCGGGGACCAUCCGCACAAGAUGGCAGAGACCCGAGCCGAAUGCCCCCGGGCCCUCCCCCGAGACCUACGAGUCAGCCCAAGUCUUUCGCGAGCAUGCCUCCGAGGCCUGUUGACAUGGGGCGUAACAACGGACCGGAAGAGAUGUACGCUCGUCGCGAAGAAAUGCCUCGAGGUGCAAUGGAAUACAACCCUGAGAGGCCCGGUCUGAAGCAAAUGAAUUUUGACGAACGCUACCGCGCCGAGCGCGAGCGCCGAGAGGAGUUUGAGUUUAGGGAAAGAGAAAGCAGACAACGCGCAUACUCGGGGGGUGAGGGAGGACGGGGACCUCCACCGCCACAGGGCGAGUACCGUCCUCAGGAAGUUCCGCGUGGGCAGCCUCCGCCGUUCAGUCGACCUCCUGAGCACCGAGAGCAAGGGCCGUGGCCACCGCGGCAACCCCAGCCAUUUGAGCAGCAAUCCCGAGUUCCGUACGACCCUGCUGGCCUUCAUCCGCGACACCACGAAUAUCCUCCUACCUCAGCGCCAGGCUACCCGAAUCAAGGCCAUCCUGCGCCGGCUCCUCAGUACCCGCAGCCGCCUCCAGGAGAUCGCUAUCCCCCACAGGGUCAUCCCCAACAGCCUCCUCCCGGUCAACAACAGGCGCCUCCGCAGCAACCCUUCGAUUCUCCUGAGCGACAGCGAAUAAGUCACCUCCCUCCCCAGGCGCAGCCGCCUCCGGCGCAUCGUCGCCCCGUGGAGGAAGGCCCACCUCCUCCGUCGGUUGCAUACAAUGCUCCACACGGCACUCCAGCGUUCGUUGACUCGCCCCGUAAUCGCCCGAUGGAGGAACAUCCGAACAAUGGACAGAGGCACUUGCUGGCGGUUCAGGAGAUCAACCGCAAGGGCCGAGUAUCCCCUCUGCCGCAGGCAGUGCAGGGGGCACAACCACAGCUGCCUGGCCCUGCAGGAGAGCCUGGCAUCAAGAGCGAAUUUGGACGCAUGUUUUCUGGUAUUGGCAGUGGUGUCACCGGGAUUGGUGUGUCUAGUCCAGUCACCGCUGGAGCGCAGCUGCCAUAUACCAAUGCAAGCCUUGCCCGUCGAGACGAGACGGACGGUCCGGCGCAGGACUCUGGGCCUGACGCUGCGCCCAAACCACCAGCCAAGGGCAGGAGGAGGAAGCUCAAGGAGGAAGAUGUCAAAGGUGAUGAGGAGAGCACAGGGCGCCUCACACCAGUGGGUCGGGCUAAGCGCCCCAAGACUCACCAACACCACCAUCACCACCAUCAUCAUCACCAUCACACCCAUAACCAUGGCACUGACCAUGCCAACGUUCCUGCGCCCAUUGGUGUCACCCCUUUCAAGAACGUCAAGGGAACCACGCCGGUUCCAUCGCCUACAGGGCUUGCCAAGGACUUGCCGACCGCGCAUCACCACCACGUCCCUCGGCCAACAAACCAGCAUACUCACCAGGUGAAGGAGGCGCCAGCCAAGCAGGCUGUGCAGAGUCCGACUGCAGUGAUCCCUCCCAAACCGAAAACAGUCGUCAGUUCGAAGGCUGUAUUAGAAUCGGUCGCGCAUCUCCCGCGGACUCACCUUGGCGAUGUGCUCUACGAACCCAAACUGAAGCCGGCGAGACAAGUGCCAAACGUCCCCUCUUCUCGUGGCUUUUCGACGACGCCCACGCCUCUGCCGUGGGAUAUGAUCAAGAACAGGGAGAACUGCACCCUGACGGUCAAGGUCCCUAAGGUACACCUGACUCCCUCCGCACGAGAGGAGAUUACUGCGCGGAGAGCAGUAUGGGGAACAGAAGUGUAUACCGACGACUCGGACAUUAUUGCUGCCUGCAUUCACGGCGGUUGGAUUCGGGGAGAAUGGGCCGACGACAUCGAUGCGGACAUGCUGGAUCUGGAUCGUGGCCUAGCUGCCCCCGAGAAGGAGGUUCCGGCGAACAAGAGACGCAAGGAGAAAGAGAAGGAAGAAAAGGCCAGACAAGAAGCAAAUGCGGCCACGUUCCUGGACAAGCCACCCAAGACUGGGCCCGUCACAGUCCCUGUCGAACGUGACAUGCACGUCACUCUCUUGAUUCUUCCACGGCUAGAGAAGUACAGUAGCACCACUCGGUUCGGCAUUCAGUCACGCGAGUUUGGUGGCCGCUACAAUGGACGGAAGUCGAUUCACGACGGCAUCAGUUUCCAGAUCUUGGGGAUCCGCUGGGUGACCAACGGCGCCGGGACACAGAGCCGACUCCGUGGCAAAGGCCGUCGGGAACGCAUGCGCAAGGCCAUGGGUGAGAUGAACGCCGCCAGCCGUGGUCUCAACGGUGCCGAGUUGGAAAAAGAGAAACAGCGCCUUGAUAGGAUUCGAGACGAGAUCGUUUCUGGCCACUGGUGGAAGCGAGAUGAAGCACGCGAGAACGGUACGGGCAAGCAUGAAAGGACCCCUAGCGAGGGCGACAAGGAGAACAGGCCUGCCAAAGAGCAGCAAGGUGCUCGCGCAACCAACGGGGCGACUACCAACGGCGUGGCGUCGAACAAGACCGACAAAAUGGAUUUGGAUGAGAGCACGAAGGAGGCGAAGGCGUCGGCGCCAUAA